AUGCGACCACUCUGCACGGGUAGACCUCCAUAUUUCAGUUUAAUUUUGACACCUUACCAGAAUAAUGACGAUACGACAAGCCACCCCAGGAGCGAUCGAGGCCUUUACCUCUGGUCACGAGUGUUCACUAUAGUUAAAGGUGUAAAGUACUUUGAGGGUCUUUGUUGGAAAUUUAGAGCCACUGCAGAUAAAUACACAUCUCCUAAACAUUUUUAUUCCUCGAAAUUCGUAUGGGCCCUGGGCCGCGAAAAUCUUCUGGACUGCUCUGUGACUUCUCCGUGUUUAAGGUGUACGGACAAACACGGAUAUUGGGUUGGGGUAUGUUCCGUCGUCAAGUAUUAUGAUAUUUUCCUGCUGACUCCUGCGAUGGGGGACGUUCCAGUUUUCGCCACCUAUACAGACUCGAUCUAUACAGCACACCUUGUACGCUUGGCUACGGUUUCACUAGAUCUAAAACCAGACAAUCUCACGGUGGAUGCCCGAUAA